ACUACAAACAAAAUUCGAAUUUCAUUUCAAUUUGAUUUUGGUUUGGAUUCCAAUUCGGUUUGAAUUUCGAGCGCGUGUUUCUCGUGGUAGUUUUGCAGUUUUGUGCAUUUUCUUAUGUGCAAUUAGUGCCCUGAUGUGCAAGAUGGUGGAUAAAUGGAACAAUGAAGUGAAUGUAAUUCAAAUUGCUUAGGUGAUGGACGGCACGGACGGCGGGCCGCCUGCCGCUCCGUCUCCCGGAGACGGGCUGUCCAAGGCGGCCGAGCUGACCGCAGAUGUCAACCAGAACGUGGUGGGCGAGCUGCGGCGGCUCCAGCUGGCGUUCUGCCGCCUGGCGCCGCGGCCCGGCGUGGAGGCCUUCUACCGGGACGGACUGGGCUGCGACUUCUGGGCAGCGGAGCCGGCUCCGCCAGUUCCCGCCGACUCGAGUCCGUCUGCUCCGCCAGUUCCCGCCGACUCGAGUCCGUCUGCUCCGCUAGUUCCCGCCGACUCGAGUCCGUCUGCUCCGCCAGUUCCCGCCGACUCGAGUCCGUCUGCUCCGCUAGUUCCCGCCGACUCGAGUCCGUCUGCUCCGCCAGUUCCCGCCGACUCGAGUCCGUCUGCUCCGCCAGUUCCCGCCGACUCGAGUCCGUCUGUUCCGUCAGCUGCAGACGUCUCGAGUCCGUCUGCCCUGCCAGUUGCAGACGUCUCGGGUCCGGCUGUCCCGCCAGCUGACUCCGCCGACCCGGGUGAGCCGGCGCCGCGACAGCUGCCAGGCCAGAGCCGUCCCCCGGGCAGCUCCAGUCCCGCCCGAGACACCGCCCGGCAGCCGGGCGAUGGCUCGGGUGGGACGGCGGCGGCGCCGGACGCCGCUGACCUCACCGGGGACUGGCCGGCGGCACCGGCCGGUCCCAGUGAGGUGGUGGCCUCCGCCUCCGCGGGGCGUGCUGCGGCUGUCAGCAGCGGCGCCGCGGCGGCUGUGGCUGAAGCCGACACUCAGGGCGAGCCGUGCUGGGGACGACAUUACCGUCUGAUCGCCGUGGAGCGCUGCGACCGGACGACGGACGACGACGAUGAUGACAUAGAGGUGCUGUACGUGCGCAGCCCGCGCGAGCCGCUGCGGACUCCGAAGCCGGAGCCGGGCCUGUGGCCGGCGGUGGGCGCCAUGGCGCCGCCGGACGCCGAGGGACGACGGCCGGGCGAGCUGACGCCGGAGCCAGGUUCGAGGCGCGCCGUGGGCUGGGCCGGCGACAGCGACGGAGAGGUGCUCGACCUGAGUCCCGGCUCCUCGAUCGACCGACUGAGCCUGCCGGAGCUCCGCACACCGGGCAGCCAUCUACAGCUCAAAGGCGACCCAGAGACCAAAGAAGCCGCUGCGAGUGUGGCUGACUCAGGACAGGAAACACGAUCUCAACCGGCCACUUCUACCGCAGGCGAGUGGCAUGAUGGCCAGAUCUCACAAUCGGAAGAUGGAGUGGCCACCAUUCAUAUCUGUGAUCCGUUACCUCAGGAGGUCACCUUUAACCCCCUAAGCCUGAGGGUCGAUGGCCAAUUUCCUAUUGAGGAGGGAGAAAUCACUGACAUCGCCUCCGAUGGUGACUGCAGAACCACCGAGCCCACUUCCUCAGUCGGCAAGAAGCCCGCCGUGAAGACCAUGGACGGAGACGACAGCAGUCAAGAGUCCAUUCUGACAGGCGGGGCUUUGUCUUCUAUCGACGAGCAUGCCUUUGAGUAUCUGCUCGGCAGUCAGGAUUCGGACUCAAGCAGCCAAAUGGCGUGCGCUAGCCAGUUGGAUUUGUUGAAGGAGAGCUCCCAGUCAGGCAAUGACUCGUCUGCGGGAUCGGCGGUCUGUGGCGCCGCCGUAUCCGACUCUGCCUCGUCCUACCGCAGGGGCAGGGGCCGCGGCCGCGGUCGGGGCCGCAACAAGGGUAUGCGGGGCCGCGGCGGCGCUGGCCGCGGCGGCGCCAGUCGCGUUCCGCCCUCUCCUCUGGCCUCCUCCGACCAGUCGAGCCCCGGCUGCCGCAGAGGCCGACCCAGGAAGGCGGCCGCCACGGCCCCUGUCGAGAGGGUGAUCAGUGGCGACCAGGAGGCGCCCGUGGUGCCGACCAUCGCUGAGCGGCUGUUCCUGCGUAAGCGCACGCAGAAGGAGCGUCGCUCUCCGUCUCAGGGGCUGCCGGCGGGCCCGGCGGGGCGGUCGGCCAGUCCGGCGGGGCGGUCGGCCAGUCCGGGGGGGCGGCCGGCCAGUCCGGCACCGUCCGCGGCCGUGACGCCGUGCCGGGUGAAGGUCGAGAUGCUCACACGAGACUCGGCCAAAAAGCUGUGUCGCCGACAUGGUCUCAAGGUUGGUAAGUCCGUAAAAAGGUGCCUAAAGCUACGCAAGAUGAUAAGUCGUGCUAAAGACCGUGUAAAGUCGCUGAUGACGUCGAAGUUGACCCACUCGGAGCCCGGUGUCGCGGCAGAUGGAGGGGAGCCUCCUGGUGAGAAAGCAGGUACAUCCGAGAGCAAGACAAAGGUACCGGAAAACAAGACAAAUGAUUCCGAGCCAACAGUCAAGACACCUGAAGGAAAAGCCAAGGCGUUGAAAGAUGAACUAUUGCUGAAAGGUGAAAAACUGUUGGCCGAAAUUAAGGUGACACCUGACGACGAGACUGACGCGUUGGAAGGAAAGACAAAGACGACAAAAGAGAAAAAGAUUAUUAGAGAUACGAGAAAAACGUCAGAUGGAAAAAUAAUAUCGACUAAGAAGUUCGAGACGGAACAGAACAUCUCUGUCCACAAUGGCGAUGGCGACGCCAAAAUGAAGCCGCCAGGAGUCACUUCAACCCAAAAAGGUGACAAGGGCAAGGGGCAGAGCUCUGCUGCUGCCAAAGUGGAGCGUUCUUCAUCAUCCACCGCACUGAAACCUUCGUUCGGUGAGCAGCUUGCAGCGGCUGAUCAGAGCGCAGAUUCACGAUCGAACAAAGCCACUAGAAAACGGAUCGAGGCUCCGUCCCCUGAGGCCUCUGCGGCCUCCAAGCGGACCAAAGCAACGUCGCCAAAACUCCUCUCGAAGUCAUCAAAAUCUUCCAAACUGACGGAUCAUCUGAAGAUCAGACCGCUGGACAAGAAGGAUGGUGUACGGAAUCUGAGGAUCUCAACGUCGCGGUCGGGCAGGGACGGUCGGCAGGUGAAGCUGGCGGGAGGACGCGGCGGCAGCUCCAGGGAGCUGUCCGAGCUCUGUGACGACGAGCUGAGCGACGCCUCCACCACCGGAACCCCCAGCGCCGACGAGGCCGACAAGUCCACCGACAUGAUGUCCAUCCUCAAACGGCUGACGGCGCGCACACUGCGCGGCGACUUCAAAAUCCCCAAACGCCGUCUGGCGGACAAGCCCGCGGAGCCGGAACGACCGGCGUUUGAAAACUUCACCAUCACUGUACCGGACAGCGGCGGCGGCGCCAGCUCUGAGGAUUCGGCGGCGGCCGAUCAACGUCCGCGCCAGCCGAGUCCGGCUCCGGCGGCGACCUCUGACGGGCCGGAGACCGACAGUCAGCCUCUGCUGCCUCCGCCGCCGCCUCCCCCAGCCAUACCGGAGCUGCCGCCGUCGUUACCGGAGCUGCCGGAGCUGCCGCCGCCUCCGCCUGAGCUGCCGGACUUGCCUCCUCCGCCGCCACCGGAAGAGCCAAUUCCGCCGCCGCCUCCACCACCGGAAAUGCCACUUCCGCCGCCGCCGCCGCCUCUGAUGCUGCCGCUGCCGCCACCGGUAUUGCUGCAUGAGUUGCCGCUGCGGCGACCGGUCGGAGAGGGCUGCAGCGACACGACAGUGCCCGUUUGGGAGCCGUGGCAAGACCCGCCCCCAGACCCGUGGCCAGUGACCGGGGCCGAGGCGUGUGUGUCGAGCACACGGUAUCCUUCAUCGACAGCCACGUCAGUGGGGUACUCAGGGACGUCAGCGCCGUACCCCGCGGCGUCAGCCACGUCAGUGGGUUACUCUGGGUCGUCAGCCACGUCAGUAGGGUACUCAGGGACGUCAGCGCCGUACCCCGCGGCGUCAGCCACGUCAGUGGGUUACUCUGGGGCGUCAGCCACGUCAAUGGGGUACUCUGCGACUUCAGUCACCUCUAUGAGACCGCCGGCGGCCGCCGCUCCUGCCAGCGACCGUCCGAAUGCGACCAUGGCGAGCCGUCUGGGACACCCGGCUGGGCCACCCAGCGGUCGACUCGACCACGGGUCACGCGCCGGCACACCGGCAGUCUGGCUCCGAGAGCCGCAGGAGGCGGCGGCGGCCGCGUCCGGUCCCGAGAACGGCGCGCCGUCCACGAGCUCCCACGGCUCCGAGGAGCAGGACGAGCUCGUGGUGCUGGAUGAUGACGUGGAGGGCAUUCCUGCAGAGCUGGAGGUGCUCAACUGCAGCGGCCUCGGCGAGGUGGUGCUCAUCCCCGAGGACGUGGAGCCGCCCCCGCCGGCCGAGCGGCCCGCCUACGAGUUCCGCGAGUUUGUCAGCGACGACCCGGCCGAAAAUGCCGACAACGGCGCCGCCGAGUGGGAGGUGAUGCGCCGACUCUGCACGGACAGCGACCGGUACAAGUUCGUCCGGCAGCGCUGGCGCAACACCGAGAUCCCCGACCCGCACCGGUGCCUGACGUACCACGGCUACCGGCGCCUGCUGGUGCGAGCCAACCUGCUGCGCAUGGGUCUGGCGGGCGGCCGGUCCCGGGACCCGAGCCAGGCGCACCGUGGCCGCGGCCUGAAGCGCACCCUCUCCUCGACCAGCAUGGACAGUCGGCCGGCCGGGAAGCGGCAGCGGCUGGCAGCCGGCUGCGCGUUCGUAGCCGACUGGCUGCUGGAGCAGGGCCGCACGCUGCGCACGGCCGGCCGCGUGGUGCCCUCCCUGCAGGUGGCGCGCCGGCGCAUGGAGCAGGAGGCGCUCCGGUUCUGCCGACAGCUGGCCUUCAACAUGCAGCUGACGCCGUCACAGCGCCAGUGGGAGAUGGACAUGCUGCACGAGCGGCAGCGGCGCGAGCUGCAGCUCGAGUUCGGGCCGCGCACGCGCCGCGCCGCCCACCGGCUCAACGCCGCCAAGGCCGAGACAGAGACGUUCUUCCGGUUCUACACGGGCCUGAACAACACGGACGCGGAGAACGCCUCGUGGCUGACGGAGCCGCAGCGCCGCGAGGUGCAGGAGUUCGAGGAGUUUCUCGUCGGCCAGGACCGCGUGUACGGCGAGUGUCUCGACGAGGACUUUUGAUAUCGAGUCCGCUACUUUGUGUUCAUAUACUCGGCAGCUCUAGUGCCUGUGCUAAUGAGGACAACAUUCGUACUAGUCUUGCGAAAAUGACAGGGAAAGUGGCCUUAAAACAAAGGAAUGCGAGCUUGGUAAAGAAUUGCUCACUUCUGUUGCAGCAUGAAUUGCAGUACGUUCGGUAUUUUUUUCUCAGGUUAAGUGUAAUGUACCAAACUAGGAGUGUACGAGUAUGUGUACUGUAAGACAAUUGACAAGCCAGUUCAUCUAUCAUAUGUAUUUGAAAUGCAGUUGCAUUGCAGAGUGAUUGCGCUGCUCAGUUGGCAUUUGCCUCUGUAUCCACAUCCAGCGGAGCCUCUCACCACUCUCCCCGUAAACAUCCGCGGAUUGCCAGGACGAUACUCACGGUUUAUGACUCGGCCGAAGUGCCUGUGUUUGGAGUGUUUACUGGCCUAUGUGAUUCAUGUUUCUAUGCGUAACUGACGUCGCCCGAUGGUGGAGCGACUGGUGUAUGCCAUGUUGCGGCGGUGUGCAGCGCUAAAAAUGCGGUCGGACGCCAGCCUGACAUCGGGGACACAGUGGAACGUGCCUUCUGAUCUGCCGCGGGCUGUGUAUACUCGUAUAGUGUACCUGUCUACUGAAUCAUCUAGUGUACCAGUCUACCGAGUCGUCUAGCGUACCUGUAACCAAGUGCAAAGAAGCCGGAACCGAGAACGGAGCCGGGCUAUUCGAGAGCUUACCGCUGUGAUGGGUUAACCACCCGGCUGUGACUGCCGCGCCCCGAGCGGCGGCUGUGUGCGGGACGAGAGGUGCCGCCAGGGAGGGGCGGCGGCGAUAGGCCCGCCCUGCCGCGGGGAGUUAUGUUACGCGCGGGCGCUCAGCGUCACCGGCUGUCCGACCGCGGAGCUGUGCGAUGUGCACCGAUCUGAAAAAUGCCCGUCGUAUUGAAACCGUGAGUUCCUACUGUACUUAUGGCAUUCCUAGUGUUGUGAAAAGCCGCAGUGGCCUGACGUCUGCGCGUUUGUGAGCCUUUAUUAUCCCAGCAAUACAUACAUGUUUUCGAA